CCUCUAAAUGAAAACUGAAAAAACGGUAUGCAAUCACCCAAUCAUUUUCCUCUUAGAAAAAUGUCCAACUAUAAAUUCUUUGAAGCAAAUCCACGCUCAAAUGAUAACAACGGGUCUCAUUCUCCACACCUUCCCUCUCAGUAGAAUCCUUCUUGUGUCUUCUACUUUAGCCUUAACCUACGCUCUCUCCAUCUUCAACCAAAUCUCACGUCCAUCGGUCUUUCUCUUCAACACCCUCAUCUCUUCCUCCCUCACUCCCAACAACAACCAUACCCACCUAGCAUUCUCUCUUUACACUCGGAUCCUCAACGACAAGACCCUCAGGCCCAACAAUUUCACCUACCCAUCUCUCUUCAAGGCCUGUGUUUCUCAUCCUUGGCUCCACCAUGGUCGAGCCCUCCAUGCCCAUGUCUUCAAAUUCCUCGAACCUUCCUCAGACCACUUUGUCCAUGCUUCCUUGCUCAACUUUUACUCCAAAUGUGGGAAAUUGGCCCAAUCUAGGUAUCUCUUCGAUCGAAUUCCCAAUCCGGAUUUGGCCAUGUGGAACUCUAUCUUAGCUGCUUAUGGUCGGAUCACCAGCUCUAAUGGUUCUGGAAGGGAUAUUAGUAAUGGGAAUAGGGAUACCAGUUUGUCUGCUGAGGUCUUGUGUUUAUUCAAUGAAUUGCAGUUUUCCCUAAUUAGGCCCAAUGAAAUCAGUCUUGUUGCUCUACUGGAUGCUUGUGCUGAUUUGGGCGCUCUUUCUCAUGGAAUUUGGGCACAUGCUUAUGUAUUAAGGAACAAUCUUUGUGUAAAUCUAUUUGUUGGUACUGCCUUGAUCGAUAUGUACUCAAAAUGUGGAUCUCUCGGUUUAGCUAAUCAGGUGUUUGAUCAAUUGCCCCACAAAGAUACACUAUGCUACAAUGCGAUGAUCAGAGGGUUGGCAAUUCAUGGUCAUGGGCAGCAGGCAGUUGAUCUUUUCAAUGAGAUGAGAAACAAGGGUGUGGAGCCUGAUGAGGUGACCUUUGUAGUCGUGAUGUGUGCCUGCUCCCAUGUUGGGUUGGUUCAUGAGGGUCGAAGGUGUUUUGAAUCUUUGAUGGAGGUUUAUGGGAUUGAACCAAAACUCGAGCAUUAUGGAUGCCUUGUAGACCUCCUGGGGCGGGCUGGGUGGCUUAAGGAAGCCAAGGAAAUGGUUAGAGCCAUGCCCAUGAAGCCAAAUGCAGUGGUGUGGAGGUCUUUGCUAGGGGCAUCUAGGGUCCAUGGUGAUUUGCAGCUGGGGGAGCUUGCGCUGACACACUUGAUACAACUAGAGCCCGAGACCAGUGGGAAUUAUGUGCUAUUAUCAAACAUGUAUGCUAGGAUCAACAGAUGGGACGAUGUCAAGAGGUUGAGGAAAGUGAUGAAAGAUCAGGGCAUCAUCAAAACACCUGGAUGUAGCUUGAUUGAGAUUGAUGGGGCCAUACACGAGUUUAUUAUUGGAGACAAAGCACACCCACAAUCAAAAGAGAUUUAUUUGAAGCUUGAGGAGAUGAGUAGGAGACUACACACAUAUGGUCAUAGGCCAAGCACCAGUGAAGUAUUGUUUGACAUAGAAGAGGAGGAGAAGGAAGAUGCCCUCUCCUAUCAUAGUGAAAGGUUAGCAAUUGCUUUUGCUCUUAUUGCAUCUAAUUCAACUUCCCCAAUCCGGAUUAUAAAGAAUCUCCGUGUAUGUGAUGAUUGUCAUGCAAGUACUAAACUUAUUUCUAAGAUAUAUGACAGAGAAAUAAUUGUGAGAGAUCGAAAUCGGUUCCACCAUUUCAGUGAUGGGGCUUGUUCCUGUCAGGGUUAUUGGUGAUACUGGCUUCAUGUACCGUUUAUGAUCAAUAGCAAAAUUUAUUACCUUCAUGUUGCUUUUGUGGCUAAUUGGCCGAAUGACCCCAGUGAUGGAACAGUUUAAUGCAUGGUCAUGGUACUGUUUUUUUUU